GUUGAUUGGCUGUUAAAGACAAUGACGCGCGCAGACGCCAUAUGAAUAUUCAAUGAGUGCCUUGCUGGUACAGUGCAAAUAAAGCGAGAUAACGGGCCGUGGACAGCGGACUAAAACUUUUUAUUCUGACAUGUCAGAGCGAUGACUUUUGUGUAAAUAUAAACCUGGGACACGGAUCCCAGCGAAGGAAUAGGGUCUAAGCUGGAAGAAGAGAGAAGCGCUGAUUUUUUUGGGUGUGGAAAACCGGACGCCGCAUUCACUGUAGACUCUGAACAAGUUUGCCUUUUCCAAAAGCAAUAGUGGAAGAUUAAAAGUUAUAGUAACAACAUGAGCUUGUUGUCUGCUAUAGACACCAGUACCUCAGUGUACCAGCCUGCACAGCUUCUUAACUGGGUUUACCUUUCUUUACAAGACACGCAUCAGACGAGUGCUUUCGAUGCCUUCCGACCCGAGCCCAACUCUUCCCAUCCGGACCUGAACUACAGCAAAACUCCUGCCAAUGACCUGAGCUCCUCUCUCAACUCCAACUGUCUUAACAACUUCUUUCAGCUGCAGAGAAAUGAGGCCCUGAAUAAUGGUUUAUACAAAAGCGUGUCCCCGUACGGCUCUCUUAACAACAUAGUGGAUGGGCUGAACUCUCUAACGGACCACUUCUCCGACCUCUCCCUGUCCUCUGAGCCACGCAAGCCCAGCAAGAGACCUCCACCAAACUACCUGUGCCAUCUCUGCUUCAACAAGGGACACUAUAUCAAAGACUGCCCUCAGGCAAGACCCAAAGGAGAAGGACUGACUCCAUACCAAGGCAAGAAGAGGUGCUUUGGUGAAUACAAGUGCCCUAAAUGCAAGAGGAAGUGGAUGAGUGGGAACUCCUGGGCCAACAUGGGACAGGAAUGCAUCAAAUGCCAUAUCAAUGUUUAUCCUCAUAAACAGCGUCCUUUAGAGAAACCCGAUGGCCUGGACGUUUCCGACCAGAGUAAGGAGCACCCGCAGCAUCUGUGCGAGAAGUGCAAAGUCCUGGGCUACUACUGCCGCCGUGUGCAAUAAGGAGGAUCCCGAUAUCGUGCCCCCCCCUUUCCCAACACUUCUCCUACCAAGCGCUCCAGAAAAAGUGAAAAGUGCCAAAAUAUUAAUGUAAAUAUCUCUAACGCUAGUAAUGGCUUUGUGUAUCAGCAGCAUGCAACGCAUUUAUUGUGUAUAAUGGACAAUUGAAUAUGUUUGGAACAGUAUUUCUAUCCGUACGGGAUGCAGUGGAUUACCUCACCGUUGCGUUCCCAGAUUGUGUGUUUACAGACUCCCUUCAUUCUCCCUACCAAGUGAACUUUGAGGAUGUGCCGAGCACUAAAGGUUUUACGUUAGUCGAACAAGGGCCCAGAGUGCCUUUGCAGAGUUUUUGGGUCAAUAGCACAUCAUGUUAACUGUGAAUUAACAGAGGGAUAAUGGAUUUUCCAUCCCUUGCUUUCGUGUCACAUAUUUAUUUAUGUUUGUAUAUCGUAUCGUAGUGCAAUUGAAUUAACUAAACUGGGAUAAUUUCAUCUGUGUUUAUAUCUGGACAGGUAUUGUUUAACCCCAUCUCUUGCCAUUAGAAACUACUGUAGAAUAGAACUAAUGCUUCGGUUUAGCGCAUCAGGUAGUUUGUAUAUUCCACGUACAUUUAUGAAUUGCCAAAUGUGAGAUAUUUUUGUCAGGUUGGCUAAUAGCAGCCCUGGAGGCACCUAGAACCUUUGAAUCGAGUUGUUGGCAACUAUGCAAAACCAUUGCAGCUUAUGCAGUUCCUUUACAUUGUCGCAAAAUCGGACGAUUUUUGUGGAUGAGCGAAACAAAGCCACGACUUGAUGAUCAUCACGGUCCUUUGAAAUGUGAUCACGUAUGUCGUCAAUUGUUGCCAGAGAACUGCUUCAUAAAGUAUCUUGGUACAGGGGUCAAAAUGUGAGCUUUUCAGUCCGUGUCCAAGCAUUCAAAAACAUAACGCCUGUUCUUCGCUGAGAUAUUGGCCUCAGGAUAAAGAGUGUUUGAAUGACGCAUCUCAGAUGAAAUAGAGUGCCUUAAAUGAACACUGUUUGUUCAUUUUUAAAUUCCAAAAUAUGAAUUAUUUCACUCUUAAAAAUAAAGGUUCCAAAAGCUGGUUUGCAUAGCAAUGCCAUUCCUCAAAUAACUUUUCAUUGAACAGUUCUAAAAUAACCCUUUUUUACUUACCGUGAAGAACAUUUGAUUAAUCUGAAAAACCUUUUGUGCUGUAGAAAGUUUCCAUGGAUGUUUCUUCAAUGGAACCAUGGACGCAAAAAGAACCUUUAUUUUUUAACCUAAAUGUUGAAUUUGACCCUUGCACUAAAAUGUUUCAUUAAAAAAAAUCCGCUGUUUACACAAUCAUUCUGAUCGUAUUUUGGAAUGAAAACUUUUUGCGUAACCCCAUAUGUUUAUGCUUAUAAAUUAGCUGCAAACAUAACUGAUGAAUUACACCCUGUUUAAACUGUGAUUUUUGGGAAGACUUUUCCAUCUAAGUGGACAUAUAUAUUAGUUGUAAAGGGAAAAGAAGGACAAAGUAAGUAAUGACGAAGAGUUUAUUUGAGAUGUAAUGAGAUUCAAUUUUGGCGAACAUUUGAAUGGUCAGAAGACUUUUUGGACCGAGACGUAUUACUGAGAGAAUUAUGAUAGGAGCUCGUUAGUAUUUGUAUGGAAGUAAGUGUGUACAAGAUCUCAUCUAUGUGCCGUUACCUCUUAUUAUGGCUCACACAAUGUAUUAAUCAAUCAUUUGAGUGUGACCCAGGAUUAUUGAACAAUAAAUGUAGCUUUACGUGUUCCGGUGGGAAGUUGCAGAUGGAUAGUGUGAGAACUGACGUUGCGUUGUUAAUCCUAGAUGUACAUAUGAAGUUAAACGCAUUUACAUGGUAAAUACAAUGUGUAUAAAUGUUUACUUAUCUUUGGAGUCCACAUAUUUUGUGUAGUUAAUGUUUCAUUUAUUAGAACUCGAUAUGAAUCUUCUCUGAAGGGAACGUCUAGUGCCUUAACACAGUUAAAAAUCUGGAUUUUUGCUAGAGGAUGUCACGAAUGAUGCAGAGGAAUUAAAGAGCUGAUUAGAUGUCUGAAAAUAUAAACCACCAGCUAAUUCUACUUUUGAUUUUCUGAUGGGAGAUUUAAGGAGUCAAUCAUUAUUUCACUGUUAGAUAAAAAGCAAGGCUGUUUGUGUAAGUCGCUGCUUUCUUCUUUGGAUGUCGUCAUUGUUUCUGAGAGCCUUUAUUUCAUGGUUAUUGUGUUUUUGCCGGUGUUGCUAAUGGCUUCACUGUGCGUACAUUCUUACACGCCAAGGUUUACUUCAGGCCUCAUUUAGGCUGGAAUGAGUUUCUCUGCUUUUUGAUAAACACCGUAAUGAAAAUAACCAGUGAAAUAAACUAUUACUGUGGAUUCAUCUUAAUCAUUGCGGAUCACCCAUAGCUGAUAGUCUACAAAUAAUGAUUUCCUUGCAGUUUUGGGAUCAAUUCAAUUUAUUGUCAGUUCUGUAUGCACCACUAGAUCAAAGCCUAAUUAUUAUUUUUGCUUUACUAUUGCAAAAUAAUUGCAUUGCACUAUAUACAUGACUAAAAAGAUAGCGCUGAGUUUGGCGGAUUUGUGUAAAUGAACUUCCCCUGUUGAUUUCUGUUAUAUUGAAUGAAAGACAGAGAUUGUGGUAUUGAUGGUGUCCACGCAUUUAAAACUAUACAAAGUGCUUUUUUUGCGCAUGUGUUUUUGUCUUGAAAUACAUAUACUUGACUUUUAUAGCUCACUUUCAGUAUAAACGUGUUAUUUUCUAUUAAAGGUAUGUGUAUUUUGGAAACAAUAUAGAAAAUGAAGAUUUUGGAGCAAUUUUUUUUUCUUUUUCGGUUUCCCUUACAAAGAUACUAGUAUGUGUUUUAUGUAUAUAUUCGAUUGCCAUCAUUAUCAAGUUACCUGUUUCAAAAUGUUAUGAUGCAAUAUUAAAACUUAUGUGAAAAAGGGCAAAUUGCUGAGAUGCAAAAGAUCUGGGAGCUUUUUUUUUCCUUUGAUGUUUUACAAUAAUCUUUGGUUAUAUCCUACAGAAAUAUUUAUGGAAGGAUUUUGUUCUUUUUUUAACAAUUCAAUUCUUUUUUUGUAUAAAAUAUGCAACAGAAGCUACUCGAUGAAGAAAAUAUUGAUGACUACAUAGAAUAUUAUUCAAUGGUUGGUACAUAAUUAUUAUGCCCUUACAAGCCAUUUUAUUUGUUUUGUUAUUAGAUGUUGUUAGUAUAUCGUAACCUUACCUGUUAUGAGCAUACAUGCGCUUCAACAUUGUUUAGAAUUGUUGUGUCUGCAAUGCAUGAAUGGUUUGAUUUGCAUUUAUAGGAAACCUAUAACACUCGCUUUAACAUCACCACAAACAGCUGUUUUUAACAUAACAGAGACUGACUCACACACUGUAAGUCGUAGGGCCUUUUUACUGAGAGGUUUUAUAGAUGCAAAACAGUGGCAAAAAGACUUGACUAACCGAGUCAUUGAUCAUAACACUGAAUUGCACGUACAAACCUUUUACACAGUCGAAAUGUGUUAGUGAAUCAGGUUCAUACUGUAUGAAACUGAGCUCUAGUUAGCCGUCUCCAGUUACUGCCAGGUCCAGGAAUGAUGUCGAAAUGCUUUUCUUCACAUUUGUGUGGGGCUGAAAAAUUGUGUGGGGUUGAAGUUUGCAUGUGCAUGUUUUUAAAUGAUUCAAGAAAUAUAAUUUGUGCAAUGUAUUCUUAUUUAAUAUUAAUACAUGUUUAAUUCUUGCCAAGAAAUCUUUUGUAGAAUAGACCUCUCUAAUUGUUAGUCAUUAAUAAAUGCCUCUAUUCACUCCUAGGAUUUCCAGUACCAUUAAUAGAUUUAUUGAAUGUACUGAUUUAACACUCAUGUUUGUAAUGUCUGUAAUAUAUUUUUCAUCAUAUUGGAGUGGACCGAGCUACAGAAAGCAUUGAUGGUGGAAUGUACUAGAAUGCGAGACUAGAUGAAAUCUGUAGCUCAGUGUCCAUGAAACGGCAUUCCGAUAUGUGCCUUAUUUGUUAGUUAGGAAAACUGAAGACUGUGCUUUUAGAAGUUUAUUCAAUUAAAAAAUUGACUAAAUGAA